GGGGGCGCGCGCCUUGGGCCAGGGAGGCGGCGCGCGCGCACCCUGACAGCUCUACUCGCUGGCUCGUUCACUUGCUCGCUCCCGGCUUCUGAGCACAGCAUGGCGGUCAAGGUGCAGACAACCAAGCGAGGUGAUCCUCAUGAGUUAAGAAACAUAUUCCUGCAGUAUGCCAGUACCGAGGUUGAUGGAGAACAUUACAUGACUCCAGAGGACUUUGUCCAGCGUUAUCUUGGAUUAUAUACUGAUAAGCAUUAUAAUCCAUGGACUGUGCAGCUCUUGGCAGGAGUAGCUGAUCAGACCAAAGAUGGGUUGAUCUCCUAUCAAGAGUUUUUGGCAUUUGAAUCUGUUUUGUGUGCCCCAGAUGCUAUGUUCAUAGUAGCUUUCCAAUUGUUUGACAAGAGUGGAAGUGGAGAGGUGACAUUUGAAAAUGUCAAAGAAAUUUUUGGACAGACAAUUGUUCAUCAUCAUAUACCCUUUAACUGGGACUGUGAAUUUAUUCGCCUGCAUUUUGGGCAUAACAGGAAGAAACAUCUUACCUACUCUGAAUUUACUCAGUUCCUCCAGGAGCUGCAGCUGGAACAUGCAAGGCAAGCCUUUGCCCUGAAAGAUAAAAGCAAAAGUGGAGUGAUCACUGGACUAGAUUUCAAUGACAUUAUGGUUACUAUUCGGUCCCACAUGCUCACUCCUUUUGUGGAGGAAAACUUGGUUUCAGCGGCUGGUGGAAGUAUUGCCCACCAGGUUAGCUUUUCUUACUUCAAUGCAUUUAACUCCCUACUGAAUAACAUGGAACUUGUUCGUAAGAUAUACAGCACUCUAGCUGGCACAAGGAAAGAUGUUGAAGUCACAAAAGAGGAAUUUGCCCAAAGUGCAAUAAGAUAUGGACAAGUUACACCAUUGGAAAUUGAUAUUCUGUACCAGCUUGCCGACCUGUACAAUGCUACUGGGCGUUUGACUUUGGCAGAUAUUGAGAGAAUAGCACCGUUGGCCGAAGGUGCCUUACCUUACAACCUGGCAGAACUUCAGAGGCAGCAAUCUCCUGGGUUAGGCAGGUCUGUCUGGCUCCAGAUCGCUGAGUCUGCUUACAGAUUCACUUUGGGUUCAAUUGCUGGAGCUGUGGGAGCCACUGCGGUAUAUCCCAUAGACCUGGUAAAGACACGCAUGCAAAAUCAGCGUGGCACUGGAUCUGUUGUGGGGGAGCUGAUGUAUAAAAACAGCUUUGACUGUUUUAAGAAAGUCUUACGUUAUGAAGGCUUCUUUGGACUCUAUAGAGGUCUGGUGCCCCAACUUAUAGGGGUUGCUCCAGAAAAGGCCAUUAAACUGACUGUUAAUGACUUUGUUCGAGACAAAUUCACCCGAAGAGAUGGCUCUAUUCCAAUAUUAGCUGAAAUCCUUGCUGGAGGUUGUGCUGGAGGUUCUCAGGUCAUCUUCACUAAUCCUUUGGAGAUUGUGAAGAUUCGACUGCAGGUAGCCGGGGAGAUCACCACGGGGCCCAGAGUCAGUGCCCUGAAUGUUCUUCGAGACCUGGGGCUCUUUGGGCUCUACAAGGGUGCCAAAGCGUGUUUCCUCCGAGACAUUCCCUUCUCUGCCAUCUAUUUUCCUGUUUAUGCUCACUGUAAACUCCUCCUAGCUGAUGAAAGUGGACGGGUUGGAGGCUUAAAUCUCCUGGCAGCUGGAGCUAUGGCAGGUGUGCCUGCUGCUUCUUUGGUAACCCCUGCUGAUGUCAUCAAAACAAGGCUGCAAGUGGCAGCCCGCGCUGGUCAGACAACAUACAGCGGUGUUAUCGACUGUUUCAGAAAGAUACUGAGAGAGGAAGGGCCGUCAGCGUUCUGGAAAGGGACUGCAGCCCGAGUGUUCCGAUCCUCUCCCCAGUUUGGGGUCACGUUGGUCACCUAUGAACUUCUACAGAGAUGGUUCUAUGUCGAUUUUGGAGGCCUCAAGCCCUCGGGCUCAGAACCGACACCCAAAUCACGCAUCGCUGACCUUCCUCCUGCCAACCCUGAUCACAUCGGUGGCUACAGACUGGCAACGGCCACUUUUGCAGGCAUCGAGAACAAGUUUGGCCUCUAUCUUCCCAAAUUUAAAUCUUCUGUUGUUGCUGUAGUUCAGCCAAAGGUGGCGGUGGCACCACAGUGAUGAGACAAGUGUUCAUUGUGGUCAAAGGUUGUGAUGGAGAAAGGCAUAGGAGAGCAGCACUGUCAUUUAUCCAGUCAGCUGCAUGGUUCUAGCUGAACUGAGAAUUUAAACCAGUUCUUUCUAUAUGAUAUAUACAUAUAUUUGUUUAUAAAGUAAUCAUUUGCACAGAAAAACAACCGCAAAAGAGUUUCAAGCUUAAGUCUUGUGUUGAAAUGUUUUUUUGUUUUUGUUUUUUUCUAACCCUGGCAUGAAUUAGCGCCCUAGACUCCGCCUGACACAGCUUGCACUUAGUGACUGUACAUAUUGUACAUCUUUGUACAGAGACAUCAUGGCACCUUCACCCUACAAAUGACAUUUACAGAAGGGAAAAGCAGUUCUGAGUGGCUGGAAAUGUACAGAAUGUUUUGAAAGUGUUUUAUGAAGAAUCACAUGACAAUAAAAAUGUAUUAAAAUUAAA